AUGUCGGGGACAAGACAACCGACAUGGAAGGAGCGAGAGAAUAACAAGAGGAGAGAAAGGAAGCGGAGGGCGAUCGCAGCGAAGAUCUACGCCGGCCUGAGGAUGUACGGGAACUACAAGCUUCCCAAGCACUGCGACAACAACGAGGUUUUGAAGGCUCUGUGUAGAGAAGCUGGUUGGAUCGUCGAAGAAGAUGGCACCACCUACAGAAAGGUAACAGCAGAUUCGCCUGAAUUUUCUCUCAAUUAA